UUAUUUCUGCAGUCUCCACUGUUUAAAAAAAUCCUAAUUAAACGCAGUUUUAAAAGGAGCUUUCUCCCUAUUACCCGGACAAACAUGCAUUUGUUUGUUUGCUUGCUUUAAACUGUUUUUAACAAAAUCCCGGUUUGUUUCGAAAGAUGUUGGAUUAGCAUUUAACACCUCAUCGGUCACUAAAGCCCAGGCAUUUCACCAGCCCCAACACAGCCUCGGCUCAAAGAACAUCAGAGCCAACAUAGCUGGGCUUUUAAAACUGUCAAAACAAAUGCCACCCACCGCCUAAAGGAGGGCGGGGGCGAAGGGGGUGGUAAAAGCGAACUGCAGUCCAAAUGAGUUUAAGAGAACAAAAAGAGAAAAAAGCACAAGUUUUCCUAAAACUAAGCUUGCGAGCACAGGCGUCGCUAACAAGGGCGUUUGUGCCUGCUAAUUGCACCAUUUGUGCGCAAAAGUUCGGACGCGGAGAGUGACCUCUCAACAGACGGAAACAUGAGACAACUGAAGUGCCCUGGUUUAUGUGCCCUGCUCCUCCUCCGCCGCCGCCUCCUCUUCUUUCUCCUUCCUCCCGCCGAGCCCGCAGUUGCAGCUUGUUUGCACUGGGGCUUAUCCGGAGCGGAAAUUCCUUUCCGUUUUUGUGAAUGACAAACUCAUUAACAAUUCAUCAACACAACCUGUUCCAGCCGGCCCGUCCCCACGGCAACAGCCCCUUCCGCAGCGCGCUCAUUGGCUGGCCCGGAGAAUGUAUCCAUUGAGACGCUAGCUGUUUGUAUCCAUUGAGGAGCUGCCUCGCGCAGGGGGUGUGCGAAGGCUGAGUCCAAGGGAGAGUGAGCAAAUCGAGGCUUGAAUAAUCCGAGGAGAAAGACGACCGGGUGGAUUUGAGGUGCAGCCUUGGAGGGAGGGUUUAGGGGCCGCUGGACUUUUUCUCCUUCCCCUCUCAGUAGCACGGAGUCCGAAUUAAUUGGAUUUCAUUCACUGGGGAGGAACAAAACUGUCUGGGCAGUUUCUCAUUCAAAGAGAUUCAUUGACACCAAGAGCCAGCGCCUGCAGAAGGAACCGCCGGCUUCACUUGUCUUGCCUUCCCCAACCACUAAUCCGGCUUGGGAAGGGCGAAGGGGAAUUAAACGCGGUUUCGCGCGGUGCGCUAGGCCUAUGCCUGCCCCGAGGGGCGUCUGGUAGGCACCCCGCCCUCCCGCAGCCUGACCCUCAUGAUAGAUACGCUCAGACCUGUGCCCGUCGCGUCGGAAAUGGCGAUCAGCAAGACGGUGGCGUGGCUCAACGAGCAGCUGGAGCUGGGCAACGAGCGGCUGCUGCUGAUGGACUGCCGGCCGCAGGAGCUGUACGAGUCGUCGCACAUCGAGUCAGCCAUCAACGUGGCCAUCCCGGGCAUCAUGCUGCGGCGCCUGCAGAAGGGCAACCUGCCCGUGCGCGCGCUCUUCACGCGCAGCGAGGACCGGGACCGCUUUACCCGGCGCUGCGGCACCGACACAGUGGUGCUCUACGACGAAAGUAGCAGCGACUGGAACGAGAACACCGGCGGCGAGUCCGUGCUUGGGCUGCUACUCAAGAAGCUCAAGGACGAGGGAUGCCGGGCGUUCUACCUGGAAGGUGGUUUCAGUAAGUUCCAAGCAGAGUUCGCCCUGCACUGCGAGACCAAUCUAGACGGCUCGUGCGGCAGCAGCUCGCCACCGUUGCCAGUGCUGGGGCUCGGGGGCCUGCGCAUCAGCUCCGACUCCUCCUCGGACAUUGAGUCUGAUCUUGACCGAGACCCCAAUAGUGCAACGGACUCGGAUGGCAGCCCGCUGUCCAACAGCCAGCCUUCUUUCCCCGUGGAGAUCUUGCCCUUCCUCUACCUGGGCUGUGCCAAGGACUCCACCAACCUGGACGUGUUGGAGGAGUUCGGCAUCAAGUACAUCUUGAACGUCACCCCCAAUUUGCCGAAUCUCUUUGAGAACGCAGGAGAGUUUAAAUACAAGCAGAUUCCCAUUUCGGAUCACUGGAGCCAAAACCUGUCCCAGUUUUUCCCUGAGGCCAUUUCUUUCAUAGAUGAAGCCCGGGGCAAAAACUGUGGCGUCCUGGUACACUGUUUGGCUGGCAUCAGCCGCUCAGUCACUGUGACUGUGGCUUAUCUCAUGCAGAAGCUCAAUCUGUCAAUGAACGAUGCUUAUGACAUUGUCAAGAUGAAGAAAUCCAACAUCUCCCCAAACUUCAACUUCAUGGGCCAGCUGCUGGACUUCGAGAGGACACUGGGACUCAGCAGCCCCUGUGACAACCGGGUCCCAGCGCAGCAGCUCUAUUUCACCACCCCCUCCAACCAGAAUGUAUACCAAGUGGACUCCCUGCAAUCCACAUGAAAGGCCCCAUGGUCCUCACUGGGAUGCAUCCGUUCUUUUAGCAGUUUCUCUUGACAACUUCAGCUGGGCUGCUUUAUUUGUAUGAGGCCCACCCCAGGUGUCAAAAUGACCCCAGUUGUCUGUGUUAGACAAGGUUCACCUGUGGAAUUGGUCAUUACAAUGGGAGAGAGUUGCUCCCUUCCUGAUGGAAGACUAGGACAUGUUGUAUAGAUACAGGCAGUAAUUAGGUUUGCUCUGUACCCCUGUAUGCAGCUUAUCCACCCAGGGACUGGAAUUUGAGGGCUUCCAGGUGUGCAGGGUAGGACCAAGUGGUAGGGAAGGAGCGUGUGAUCAUUACGGCCUGGUAUGACUGUUCCCUUUUGCAUCUGGAACUGCCUAUAUAUUGUCUUCAGUGAAGACUGAUUCAAUUUUGCAUAUAGAGGAGCCAAAGAGAGGUUUCAGCUCUGUAUUUGCAGUAUCACUUUGCAAAUAAAUAAAUAGAAUCUGCUAUUCCAUUUGAUUAUUGUAAAUAUUUGAUCUUAAGUCACUCGACAGUGUUUGAAUUGUGUUUGUUUUCUUUGAUGGGUUUAAAAGAAAUCAUCCAAAGGGAGAAAGAGCAGUAUGCCACUUCUUAAAAUAGAAAAUAGGAACUUUUGCUCUCUUCUAAUCCAAAGGACAUAUUUGCAGCAUGCUCGACUACCAAUUCUGAAUGACAUUUUCAUGGACACUAUUAUCGCUGAGACCUUAUUAUGGUGCAGUUUUCAGUCUCUUUUAUAUAUCUUGUGAUUUUUUUUUUUUCCCCUCUUUAUGUAGUUUGACUAUGCCUUACCUUUGUAAAUAUUUUGGCUUGUGUUGCCUCAAAGGGGAUUUCUUGGAAAGAUACCAAAAUCAUGGGCUCACAUCUUUUUUUUUUUUUAACUAAAGCUGUGCUAAACAGUGUAUUACCUCUGUACAAAUUUCUUCAGGGAGUGUCACCUCAAAUGCAAUACUUUGGGUUGGUUUCUUUCCUUUUUAAAAAACAAAACCGUAUAAAACUGGAAGCGUGUGUGUGAGCAUGGGUACCCAUUUGAUUGAUAGGUGAAGUGCAUAUGAUUGUGAAGAUGGGGGAGUUAAGUUGCUCUAUUAUGUUAAUGGUGUAAAGUUUUGAGCUAAAAUUUAUUAUAAGAAUGUAAAACCUUAAAUUAUUAAUAAAUAACUAUUUUGGCUAUUGAA